UAAGAUUUAUUAAAAGAAGAAAAGAGAGUGAGAGUAUUGGUUAAAAGAUUAUACAUACAGACAUGAAUAGAGUGCUUAGAUCAGUUUCACUGUAGAGAUGGUGCAUUAGAAUUGUAAAGAGUCCUUUUCAGAAUCCUUUCAUGAGGUUAUAGUCCAUGUAAAAAUGUUCGAUAUCAGGGCAGUCCAGAUGGGACUGGAGAUCUCCGUCUUAUGACUCAAACUUCCUCUGAAUAAAGCUUAACAAGAUCGGAGAGAAAAGGAUCAGGUCCCAAGAGUUUUCAUACAGAUUUUUGCAGCCUCUCAUCAGCAGGCAGUCCUUGGGAGAACUAUUGUUCACUAGGCUUUUGAAGUAACCUUCUAUUUCCUAAACAUCACCAGUAAUUAACCACAUGGAUUAACAUAAGGUAAUUAUCCAUAAAGAAGUUCAUAGACAGUUUACCACAAACUUUAAAGAGACAUGCAAUGACAUUAUUACACCCAAGUUUCAUCUACAUGUUAUUAUUCCCUUUUGAUCUCUGAAUUAACAGAAUACAGCCCUAGAUAGGAACCGUUUCAUUCCAUUGUUAACCUCAAACAAGAUAAAGGCAAAUAUAGACUACUACAGGUAUCAGAGGGGAAACCGUGUUAGUCUGGAUCUGUAAAAUGUGACAAAGGCCUGGUCUACACUACGACUUUAAUUCGGAUUUAUCAGCGUUAAUUCGAAUUUACCCUGCAACCGUCCACACAACCACGCCAUUUAAUUCGAAAUAAAGGGCUCAUUAAAUCGAUUUCUGUACUCCACCCCGACGAGCGGAGUAGCGCCAAAAUCGAUUUUAACAUUUCGAAUUAGGGAUAGUGUGGCCGCAAUUCGAUGGUAUUGGCCUCCGGGAGCUAUCCCACAGUGCAUCAUUGUGACCGCUCUGGACAGUAAUCUCAACUCGGAUGCACUGGCCAGGUAGACAGGAAAAGCCCCGCGAACAUUUGAAUUUCCUGUUUGCCCAGAGUGGAGAGCACAGGUGACCACAGAUAGCUCAUCAGCACAGGUAACCAUGCAGGCCAAUAAUCGAAAAAGAGCACCAGCAUGGAGCGUACGGGAGGUACUGGAUCUGAUCGCUAUAUGGGGAGAGGAUUCAGUGCUAGCAGAACUUCGUUCUAAAAGACGAAAUCCCAAAACUUUUGAAAAAAUCUCCAAGGGCAUGAUGGAGAGAGGCCACAAUAGGGACUCAGAUCAGUGCCGCGUGAAAGUCAAGGAGCUCAGACAAGCCUAUCAAAAAACAAAGGAGGCAAACGGUCGCUCUGGGUCAGAGCCGCAGACAUGCCGCUUCUACGCCGAGCUGCAUGCAAUUCUAGGGGGGGGGCCGCCACCACUACCCCACCUGUGACCGUGGAUUCCGGGUCGGGGAUAGUCUCAUCAGCUACACCUGAGGAUUCUGCCAAUGGGGAAGAGGAGGAGGAGGAGGAUGAGCUUGCAGAGAGCACACAGCACUCCGUUCUCCCCAACAGCCAGGAUCUUUUUCUCAGCCUGACUGAAGUACCCUCCCAACCCAGUAUCCAAGACCAUGACCCCAUGGAAGGGACCUCAGCAGCUGCAAAUUCCUCAAGCCUCCCUCCUCCAUCCCGAAGGCUAUCACAGAUAAGGCGUCGUAAAAAGAAGACGCGAGACAAGAUGUUUGCAGAAAUUAUGGAAUCCACCCGCAGUGACAGAGCUCAUCUGAAUGAGUGGAAGGAAAUGGUUUCAAAGUAUAGGAAAGAAGCGAGUGAACGUGAGGACAGGAGGGACGCUCGAGAUGAGAGGUGGCGGCAGGAAGAUCAGAGGAGGCAGGAUGCAACGCUGGGGCUGCUGCAUGAGCAAACAGACAUGCUCUGGUGUCUGGUGGAGCUUCAGGAACGGCUGCAGGAAAACAGAACACAGACCAACUCCUACAAGAUAUUCACCAAGCAUUCCCAAAACUAG